CCUGCUUCGGAAUCUGCCAAGCUUGAAAGCUUUGGCAGUUGGGUGUAGUUGUUGCCUUACGUUCUCUUCCCUUUUGGAGGGAGCAUUGUCUCAUACUUUGUAUCUUCCAGACAUCUGUGGUCUUCCCCCGUCCCCGGCCCCCCACCCCUCGAGUUUGUGAGUGGUGAAUGAAGAGAGACUAGGCUGCUGGUAUGCAGAGGUCGGCAAAAGGAAAUCGAGGAGUGGUUUUAGUGAAAUGGGAGCUUUGUAUCUUGAAUAAUGGUGGCUUAGGCUAGACAUCAACUUAAAGAGACGGCAGCAUUUCCUUUCAUAAAGUCUAGGCUAAUGUUUUUCAGAUCGCUAAGUUGUAGUUUGUCUGGAAUUUAGGUAGCCAUUUCAGUAUUUGUCACAUGGUGAACGAACAUUCAGUACCUUCAGAUGUCUUCGUAUUGACUUGUAUUCAUCCUAAGAAAUAUUAAAUAUAGCCUCAAGUGUUAUUUAUGUUGUACCGCUGGUUUAUUCCCUGCUUAAAUUAUUAACAUACAUUUCUACUUUGGAGGCUUUUCGUUUGAACUGAGGCUGUGCGACAUUUAUUUUACUUUUAUAUUUAGAUCUUUGAAAAUCUCUGAUUAAAAAAAAGUACCCUUCAGGGUUUGAGGAUGUACUUUCACACCAGACAAAAUGUGGCUAAUUUGCGCCCAAUAUUCAUUACUUUGACCUAACCUUUGUUCUGAAGGCCAUGUACAAGGACAAGGCCCUGAGAUUAUUGCAACAGUAACUUGAAAAACUUUCAGAAGUCUAUUCUGUAGGAUUAAAGGAAUACUGAGACUAUUCAAGUUUGAAGUCCUGGGGGUGGGGAAAAGUAAAAACCUGUGCUAGAAAGCUUAGUAUAGCAUGUAACUUUAGAGUCCUGUGGAGUCCUGAGUCUCCCACAGACCAGAACAGUCAUUUAAAAGUUUUCGGGAAAAACCGACUUUAAAAAAAAAAAAAGGUGGCUAAUAAAAAAAUGAAGCAUUUAACAGUGUUCAGGUUUCAGAGUAUUGAAGAGGGUUUUUUUUUAAACUGUUAUCUGAUUAUUUGCUUUACUAACAUGAUAUAGAAAAGUGUAUUUCCAAUAUUAAAAUUUAUCAGACUGAGCUUACUGUUCCCGUUGAUGACUGGAAUAAAAAUUGACAUAAGUGAAGGUCUGUAUGCUUGUUUUCAUAACACCACCACCAAGAUAGAAAACGAGGAGGCAAGUUUCUUCAAGGGUAUUUUGAAAUGUGUUAGCAAAACUCUUGCAGAUACUCUUUUUUGUUAUAGGAUGAGGUGGGGAGAGGCGCAUGCUAAGUAUUGUUGAAACUAGGGAUGUAGAAAAUUUAAAGUUUGAUAUAAUUAUGUUGUAGUUAUAAGUAGCAGUGAAAUUAAAUCUCCUGCAGUAGACUAUGUAAGUAUAUUUAGCCAAAUGAAACUUCAGUGUUAUUGAAAUGAAAUAAUACAUCUGUCCUGUUACAAGAUUAUUUUUAUUUCUCUUGUGGUUUCCUAGUUGCUGAUAAUCAAUAAUUGUAGAUGAGUAGGUGGUAAGUUUUAAGUUUGUACUUUGAGCUUAGUCGGAAGCAUGCUUGACUGCCAACCCAGGGCACAAAGGAUGAAGGCUUUUAGAACUGGACAAACUUCUAACAAAAGGGUAUUUGAAGUAUACCAUACAACUGUUUUGAAAAUCCAGCGUGGACAAUGGCUACUCAAGCUGAUUUGAUGGAGUUGGACAUGGCCAUGGAACCAGACAGAAAAGCGGCUGUUAGUCACUGGCAGCAACAGUCUUACCUGGACUCUGGAAUCCAUUCUGGUGCCACUACCACAGCUCCUUCUCUGAGUGGUAAAGGCAAUCCUGAGGAAGAGGAUGUGGAUACCUCCCAAGUCCUGUAUGAGUGGGAACAGGGAUUUUCUCAGUCCUUCACUCAAGAACAAGUAGCUGAUAUUGAUGGACAGUAUGCAAUGACUCGAGCUCAGAGGGUACGAGCUGCUAUGUUCCCCGAGACAUUAGAUGAGGGCAUGCAGAUCCCAUCUACACAGUUUGAUGCUGCUCAUCCCACUAAUGUCCAGCGUUUGGCUGAACCAUCACAGAUGCUGAAACAUGCAGUUGUAAACUUGAUUAACUAUCAAGAUGAUGCAGAACUUGCCACACGUGCAAUCCCUGAACUGACAAAACUGCUAAAUGAUGAGGACCAGGUGGUGGUUAAUAAGGCUGCAGUUAUGGUCCAUCAGCUUUCUAAAAAGGAAGCUUCCAGACAUGCUAUCAUGCGCUCUCCUCAGAUGGUGUCUGCUAUUGUACGUACCAUGCAGAAUACAAAUGAUGUAGAAACAGCUCGUUGUACCGCUGGGACCUUGCAUAAUCUUUCCCAUCAUCGGGAGGGCUUGUUGGCCAUCUUUAAGUCUGGAGGCAUUCCUGCCCUGGUGAAAAUGCUUGGUUCACCAGUGGAUUCUGUGUUGUUUUAUGCCAUUACAACUCUCCACAACCUUUUAUUACAUCAAGAAGGAGCUAAAAUGGCAGUGCGUUUAGCUGGCGGACUACAGAAAAUGGUUGCCUUGCUCAACAAAACAAAUGUUAAAUUCUUGGCUAUUACGACAGACUGCCUUCAAAUUUUAGCAUAUGGCAACCAAGAAAGCAAGCUGAUCAUACUGGCUAGUGGUGGACCCCAAGCUUUAGUAAAUAUAAUGAGGACCUAUACUUAUGAGAAACUACUGUGGACCACAAGCAGAGUGCUGAAGGUGCUAUCCGUCUGCUCUAGUAAUAAGCCAGCUAUUGUAGAAGCUGGUGGAAUGCAAGCUUUAGGACUUCACCUGACAGAUCCAAGUCAACGUCUUGUUCAGAACUGUCUUUGGACUCUCAGGAAUCUUUCAGAUGCUGCAACUAAACAGGAAGGGAUGGAAGGUCUCCUUGGGACUCUUGUUCAGCUUCUGGGUUCAGAUGAUAUAAAUGUGGUCACCUGUGCAGCUGGAAUUCUUUCUAACCUCACUUGCAAUAAUUAUAAGAACAAGAUGAUGGUCUGCCAAGUGGGUGGUAUAGAGGCUCUUGUGCGUACUGUCCUUCGGGCUGGUGACAGGGAAGACAUCACUGAGCCUGCCAUCUGUGCUCUUCGUCAUCUGACCAGCCGACACCAAGAAGCAGAGAUGGCCCAGAAUGCAGUUCGCCUUCACUAUGGACUACCAGUUGUGGUUAAGCUCUUACACCCACCAUCCCACUGGCCUCUGAUAAAGGCUACUGUUGGAUUGAUUCGAAAUCUUGCCCUUUGUCCAGCAAAUCAUGCACCUUUGCGUGAGCAGGGUGCCAUUCCACGACUAGUUCAGUUGCUUGUUCGUGCACAUCAGGAUACCCAGCGCCGUACGUCCAUGGGUGGGACACAGCAGCAAUUUGUGGAGGGGGUCCGCAUGGAAGAAAUAGUUGAAGGUUGUACUGGAGCCCUUCACAUCCUAGCUCGGGAUGUUCACAACCGAAUUGUAAUCAGAGGACUAAAUACCAUUCCAUUGUUUGUGCAGCUGCUUUAUUCUCCCAUUGAAAACAUCCAAAGAGUAGCUGCAGGGGUCCUCUGUGAACUUGCUCAGGACAAGGAAGCUGCAGAAGCGAUUGAAGCUGAGGGAGCCACAGCUCCUCUGACAGAGUUACUUCACUCUAGGAAUGAAGGUGUGGCGACGUAUGCAGCUGCUGUUUUGUUCCGAAUGUCUGAGGACAAGCCACAAGAUUACAAGAAACGGCUUUCAGUUGAGCUGACCAGCUCUCUCUUCAGAACGGAGCCAAUGGCUUGGAAUGAGACUGCGGAUCUUGGACUUGAUAUUGGUGCCCAGGGAGAACCCCUUGGAUAUCGCCAGGAUGAUCCUAGCUAUCGUUCUUUUCACUCUGGUGGAUAUGGCCAGGAUGCCUUGGGUAUGGACCCCAUGAUGGAACAUGAGAUGGGUGGCCACCACCCUGGUGCUGACUAUCCAGUUGAUGGGCUGCCAGAUCUGGGGCAUGCCCAGGACCUCAUGGAUGGGCUGCCUCCAGGUGAUAGCAAUCAGCUGGCCUGGUUUGAUACUGACCUGUAAAUCAUCCUUUAGGUAAGAAGUUUUAAAAAGCCAGUUUGGGUAAAAUACUUUUACUCUGCCUACAGAACUUCAGAAAGACUUGGUUGGUAGGGUGGGAGUGAUUUAGGCUAUUUGUAAAUCUGCCACAAAAACAGGUAUAUACUUUGAAAGGAGAUGUCUUGGAACAUCAGAAUGUUCUCAGAUUUCUGGUUGUUAUGUGAUCAUGUGUGGAAGUUAUUAACUUUUAAUGUUUUUUGCCACAGCUUUUGCAACUUAAUACUCAAAUGAGUAACAUUUGCUGUUUUAAACAUUAAUAGCAGCCUUUCUCUCUUUAUACAGCUGUAUUGUCUGAACUUGCAUUGUGAUUGGCCUGUAGAGUUGCUGAGAGGGCUCGAGGGGUGGGCUGGUAUCUCAGAAAGUGCCUGACACACUAACCAAGCUGAGUUUCCUAUGGGAACAAUUGAAGUAAACUUUUUGUUCUGGUCCUUUUUGGUCGAGGAGUAACAAUACAAAUGGAUUUUGGGAGUGACUCAAGAAGUGAAGAAUGCACAAGAAUGGAUCACAAGAUGGAAUUUAUCAAACCCUAGCCUUGCUUGUUAAAUUUUUUUUUUUUUAAAAUAUCUGUAAUGGUACUGACUUUGCUUGCUUUGAAGUAGCUCUUUAAUUUUUUUUUUUUUUUUUUUUUUGCAGUAACUGUUAGUUUAAGUCUCUCGUAGUGUUAAGUUAUAGUGAAUACUGCUACAGCAAUUUCUAAUUUUUAAGAAUUGAGUAAUGGUGUAGAACACUAAUUCAUAAUCACUCUAAUAAUUGUAAUCUGAAUAAAGUGUAACAUUGUGUAGCCUUUUUGUAUAAAAUAGACAAAUAGAAAAUGGUCCAAUUAGUUUCCUUUUUAAUAUGCUUAAAAUAAGCAGGUGGAUCUAUUUCAUGUUUUUGAUCAAAAACUUUAUUUGGGAUAUGUAUGGGUAGGGUAAAUCAGUAAGAGGUGUUAUUUGGAACCUUGUUUUGGACAGUUUACCAGUUGCCUUUUAUCCCAAAGUUGUUGUAACCUGCUGUGAUACAAUGCUUCAAGAGAAAAUGCGGUUAUAAAAAAUGGUUCAGAAUUAAACUUUUAAUUCAUUCGA